CCCGGACAAUAAUCCAAGAAGACGGACGGGACGGAACCAACCAUUAGAAUUCUGCAAUUUGAGAAAGUCUUCACCUUUCACGCAUCAACCAACGAUAGGAAUCAUCAUACUGUUGCAGAUGAGACUCUUAGACCGACUGUGAUCUAUCUUCACAGCCAGACAGAGAGCAACCAUUCACCCUUCAACCAUCACGACUUAUCUCUUCUUCGAAUUCUCAGUCAAACCAAUCAAGGCAAUCUAGAGACCCCCAUGUACGUUAGAUGAAAAAUCUGCUGCAAAACUCCGCCCGCCGGGCUUUUCUUCUUGAUUUCGAUCAUACCCAAACCUAUUUUUGCUCACAAAUUUCUGGGUUUGCUUCCAAAUUCUACAAUUUCAAUAUGCCAAGAACCGACUAACUUAGCCUCUGUUCUUUCACAUAUCAGUCAAACCCAGAAACCAAUUUGGGAUUCAUAUACAAGCAAGGUUCUGAUUUGGUCGUUUCUGAUUGAGUUGUCUUUUUAUCAGAGUUUGAUUUGGGUUAAAUUUGUUUCUGUUGGAGAAAUGAAUUUCAGGAGCAUGGAGGAGUUUUGGCUAUUCUACAUGAACCAACACUCAAAACCAGCAACAAGGCGUUGGCACUUUGUGGGGACACUUUGCAGUAUUUUGUGUCUGAUCUAUUCUGUGCUCUUUAACUGGAUGUUUGGAUUGAUGCUUACUGGUCAAAUGGACAGAGAAAUCAAGAGGCUUGGCAAGAGGCCUGUCUUACAGUCUUUCUCAGCUUCUAGAACCUGUAGAUGUUUGCAUUGGAAUGGUAAUUCGGGAUGUCUGCUUGGGAGCCGUGGGAAAGAGAUUUUGAAAUUGGUCUCAACAUUUUGUGCUGGAUGGAUACAACAGAUUCAUAUCCUUCCCGUGGUACUUAGAGCUGAUCACUCAGAUAACUUGAGGCUGGAAUCAUAA